UGCCUCUGGCACACAAACUGCUGGAGAACACUCCCGUCUUUCCCAGGCAUUGCCAUCCCCAGUGAACAUAAAAAAACAACUACAAACACAGAGAGAAAAUGGAAGACAAUGGGAGCUAGAGUGUAUUUUUGUAGUUUUCAGUUUUAAAAAGUAAGUUGGCCUUAUGUUACAGUUGUCAGACCAGCUUUGCCAGUUUGUGGAACUGAAUUAAGUAACCCCUGAGGCGAUCGGGUUCCUGUCUGCAGUCGGAGUGUUUAUCGUUCUUCUGGCUGUCCUCUUCCUCUUUAUCAACAAGAAGCUUUGCUUUGAAAAGAUUGGUGGCCUGCCGUGCUUGGAGCAGCGAGGAAAGAAGAAACGGACCAAGGAAAAGGCUGGCAUUCACGAGGGGCUGGAAAACAAACUUCCAAGCAACAAAGUUCAGGAGCUGGAAAAUUGAUAGCUGUGGCAUGUUGUCAAAUUAAACCUCCUCCAGCCGGAUUGCCAAGUAUUAUCUAGACUUUCAAACCAUGGCGUCUUCUCAAGAAGCUCACAAUGACCUCCCUCCAUUCUCUGCAUGGAUGGCUCGAAUAUCUGAAGCCAUAUCCACCACAUUUCUCAACCUUGGUCAGGGAACAGCAACUGGGGAUGAAAACGCUGACACCAAUGCAAACGACUAUGACAGCCUUAAAUCUGAUUCGGAUGUGGAAGACAUCCCUGAGGAGUCUGAGGAUGAAACUCAGAGUGUGGGGAGCACAGAUUCACUGCAACCUGCUGGUGAUGUACAUGUGGAACCAAACAACGACAAUAGCUAUCAAAGCAGUGCCAGUGGAGGCUUGGACAUCUCUCCUUCAACCCAGCAUGAUAAUGUUUCUGUGAAAUCUGCUGGCUCAGAGAUUAGCUACCAGGCCUUUACUGAUGACCAACUUCUAGACAGGCUUUCUACCAUUCCUGAAGAGACUGAACACCUGGAUAACCAGAUAAGAGACCUUCAGAUGGAUAUUAAAAUACAUGAGCUUCUAAGCAUUGGUAAGAACCCAACGGCAGACGGAGAUAGGUUGAGUAAGAGUUACCACGAGGAUGACAGCUUAUCGAUGGGCGGCCAUGCGGCCUCUGAGAGGGGAGAUUCGGGGCUGCGCAAGGUGUCUGGGACAGAAGGCAGCAUCGCCCCCAGUCCCAGCAGACAGGCCACCGAGGGAAGUCUGGAGAUGGAGACAGCCUUCGACAACCAGGGCUAUGACGUGAAUGAGGCGACAGACAGCUCAUCAGCCUGGAGCCCUGAGGAACAGGAAGCUACCGAUGGACCUUCCCAGCAGCCCGACACGCGCAAACCCAUAUCAAAGUGCGGGGACCUCAUUAUUAUACUUGACUAUAAGGCCGACAGCCAGAAGCUGCUAGUAACCGUGGUGACUGCGAAGGACAUCCCGGAUAAGGACCGCAGCGGAGUGGACACCUGGCAAGUUCAUGUGGUCCUCCUGCCCAGCAAGAAGCAGCGGCACAAGAGCGGGGUGCAGAGGGGCUCCACGCCCAUGUUCAACGAGACCUUCCGCUUCAGCAAGCUGGAGGCAGACGAGCUGGGACACUACGCACUGCGCUUCCGCCUGUACGCUGUGCGCAAGAUGACCCGCGAGAGGAUGAUGGGAGAGAAGCUGUUCUACCUGAGAAACUUGAACCUGGAGGGAGAGAUGGAAGCGGUGCUAGUGCUGGAACCGCGGAGCAACAUGAGUCAAAGCCUACUUUUGGCGAAUGUAAACCAACUGGACAAGAGCGGUGAUUCCCAGGUGAGCUUGUCUGCCAUCUCCCACAGCGAUAGCGCCUCAUCUACACAGUCCCUGUCUCACGGAGGCGUCCCAGAGCUCCUCAUUGGCCUGUCGUACAACGCCACCACGGGCCGGCUCUCCAUCGAGGUCAUUAAAGGCAGCCACUUCCGAAACCUGGCCCUCAACCGACCACCCGACACCUAUGUGAAACUCACACUUCUGAACUCGGUGGGUCAGGAGAUCUCUCGGUGUAAGACGUCUAUCAGGAGGGGCCAGCCCAACCCCAUCUACAAGGAGACCUUCAUUUUCCAGGUGGCUCUCUUCCAGCUCUCCGAUGUCACGCUCAUGAUCUCCAUCUACAACCGCCGCAGCAUGAAGCGCAAGGAGAUGAUCGGCUGGGUCUCCCUGGGCCAGAACAGCAGCGGGGAGGAGGAGCAGAACCACUGGUUGGACAUGAAGGAAUCCAAGGGCCAGCAGGUGUGCCGGUGGCACGUCUUACUUGAAUCCUAGACUUCCAUACGAAAGUCCAAAGAAGGUCCUCUAAAGUUUGUGGCCUUGUACGAAUCCAACGAGGACCAGUGUAGACUUCUAGAACUGGCCGCUUUGCUGGUGCUAAGAUGAGUUCUGUUGCUUGUUUGCAUUUUGAUUACUUUUCUAUCAACCAGAACCUACUUCAGACCAGUUGCUGCAGUGCAUUCAGAAUUACACAUGAGGCAAUCUAGGUUUGAUGUAACAAGGGUUUGUUCAGAUGAAAGGUCAUCUAUUAUUGUUCACUGUUAGAAGUCCUCACAAAUAAAGACAUGAGGUGGCCUAAUGCACUAAAUCAUUACUACUAAUUCUUAUGCACUUGCGAUACAUUUUUAUUGCAUGCCAUACGUUUUUUAACACUAAGUAAAAGGAACUAUGCCAAAAGCUGAAUGUUCUCAAAAUGAUCUGUGUCAUUUUUUGUCUUAGAUACACAGUCCCUAGAGAAGCUAUUUCACAACUAUCUUCCUAGUCAUACUCUUCAGUUCAUCUUAACUUCCAUCCAUUGAGCCUUGAGGAAUACGUAUCAACUGCCAGUGGUGUGCUUGGUUUUAGAAAGUGAAAUACCAUGAGCCGCAGCUCUAGAUAUUCAGGCAAUGUGCCACAUCUACCUCACAAUCAGCCUUUGCACUCUCAUGUAGGGAGUCCCACCUGUCUAUCAUGGCAGCACAUAUGCAUCUUUAACCCUAGUAAACUAGGUGUGGAUUGGCUGUUGUGAAUGGUAGCCCUGACCUACAGAGAACUGAACUCUAGUUUCAGGACCUGCCACCAGUCUUCAUUAGAGGAACAGCAGCAGGCAUUAAAGAACAGUGCCUGCUGGUAUGGAGCCUGGCUAUUGUCCUGGGUGGACAGCAGCUGUAAAGUGAGUGAUACUGAAUGUUGUGUAGAAUUAGAUUGCUGUUGGUUUUCUGUCGAGGCAUGCUCACCACAAAGGAGAUGAUGUUUGUAGGAAUUUCCUUUAAUUUGCAUUUAAAAAAAUACUUCAGUCCAUUUAAAAUGUUGCCUUGUCUGUUAUGUUGUAAAGUCAUCUCUAUAACCUUGUGUCAACAGCAGUGUGACGUUCACUUUGAAAUGUCUCAUUUUUUAGGGGAUAUUCCUCACAGUGUCUACAAACGCAGAGCUUUCUUUGAAUUCCGUUCUAUUCAUUCUGACACCAAGAAACACUGGCUAGAGUUCAAACAACAAAGCAUUUUACUGUUAACCAUAUAAUCCCAAAACACACCUACAGUAUGCAUGUCCUUAUAUUCAUGUACAUUAAAAUAUAUAUAUAUAUAUAUAUAUAUAUGCAUUAAAAUAUAUAUUUUAAUGCAUUUGAAAUAAAAUCUAUUUUAUAUGGCAUGACUUUAUAUUUUAUUCUGUCUGUAUGUUUUUAUAAAGUGCCUGUAGGUAAGCGUCGGUGUGGGGCUGUGAUGUGUAAGCAUUACGAGAAACAAAACCAGUGUUUAAGACCAGCAUGCGCUAAAUGUGUUGCCGUGGUAUCAAAUGGAAGCAUGAUCCGUCAACCCCCAGGGGGCAGUCUACACAGGGCCUCUGCAAUGCAUGCAAAGAUGCUGCAACAAGAACACAAUGUUUUGUAUGUAUUUUAUGAUAGUGUCAGUUGUGAUUAACAGUGCAAUAUUCAGUAGUAAAUGAUAUGCAUCUUCAGGGCUGCUAAUCCGACACACAUAUAAAUGUUUUAACAAGAAAGGUGGGAAAUCUCUGUGAUAGCAUCUUGCUAGCUGAAAGCAAACUGGAAGCUAACCGUUAUGGAAGUUUCCUGUAGUGUGUUUCAUACAGUAUAGCAUGACAAUUCUGCAGCUGUGCUUUGACCACUUCCUGCUCUACUACAUUAAAACUUAUAUAAGGGAAUUAUAAACAAACAACUCACUGAAUGUUGAGUCUCUAUAAAAAGAUUUGCAAUGUAUUUAAACUUUUCUUUUUUUUUACAAAAAUGAAAAAGGUGCAACAAUACAUUUGCUGUCCAGCAGAUUAGUGUUGCCAACUGGCUCUGUGUUCAUUUAUACAUGAUAUGUAAUUUAGUGUACAUACAGCUAGGGCCAAAAUGUUUUGCAUCACCCUAGAAUCAACUAAUCCAUAUACUAAAUAAAAUAAACUGACAAAAUGUUGAAUUCUAACAUGAAAUACUUUUAUUUGGUUUCUAUUAUGGCUUCAAGUAGACUUUUGCGAUAUCAUUUUCUAGUUUCUUUGAUUACAUGAUGUUAAAUUUAAAAAAAAAAUGAUGUUCAUAUAGUUUUUUCUUUUUGUUAUUUUUUUAUUUUUUUUUUAAAUUUGUAUAAUGUCUCCAUCCUAAAACUCUAGGUGAAGCAAAACUUUUGGCCAUAGCUGUACAUGUUGUAAAAUGGGACACACAGAACGAAUACGGUGUCUGCUCAAACACUAUACCUGGGAUAAUUCAUCAUAUCUGUGCAUGGUACUCUUUUUAUUUCACCAAGCGGAAUAACCUGUAAUUCUAACAACCAGUGGAGGGUAGAAUCCCUGAAAGGGUGUGACUACUGUCCUUGUGCUCUAUUAAAGAGCUCUUGGAGAGCUUCUCCUGUAAUGAUCUAUACAGUACCUAAAGGAAGGAUUGUUAAUGUUAACUGCACAUAUACAGGCUAAUAAAUGAAUGGCAUAUACCCCCUCAAAAAGCAUACCAACAAUACCAGUAUUCAUAGUGCACUUUGUGCAUCAUGAGUAAUGUCCUAUUUAUGCAAGCCAUGUCAUAUAGACAAACUAUCAAUGAGCAGGGGAUAUGACACUGAAAAGAGCAAACUAAUUCAAAUAGAAAUAUACAGCAAGGCUAUACCCUUUAGCAUUCUGCACCUACAGUGUUAAGUGUGUCUUAUUCUUAUUCCUGGUCUCAUACAAAGUCUUGUUCUGGAACUGCAUUCAAAAUGUGCAUUAUUGAAAUUGUCAAGUAGUGUUCUACAAAUAAUAAAAAAAAACUCUUAAUAUGAGGUGAAUUAAAAAUGUGAGGGCCUAUGAAAAUGAUGGUUGUUCAGCUUCCCUGCUUUGUAAUCUUUCGAAUUGUAUGCUGGUACAUCAAACAGCUGUUUUUUGGCCAAGUUAAGGUUCUUUCUUAAAAUGAAAUAAAAUUAAUUAUGCAAUACA